AUCCCUCUUCUGUUUGCUAAAUCUCACUGUCACCGCUAAAUUCAGAGCAGACAGAGCCUGCGCAAUGGAAUAAAGUCCUCAAAAUUGAAAUGUGACAUCGCUCUCAACAUCUCCCAUCUCUCUGCAUUCCUUUUUGCCUCAUUAUUCCUGCUAACCGAUUCAUUUCCAGACUUUGCACUUCAGAAGCGAUGGAAAAAGUCAGCGGUCUUCCAACCCAGUUAUUUAAGUGCUGCUUUUGUGAUUUCUUGAAGGUAAAGAUGCACGUCCUGUCCUCCUCGCAUCUCUUCUACCUGGCCCUGUGCUUGCUGUCCUUCUCCAGCUCCGCCACGGCUGGACCGGAGACGCUGUGCGGGGCUGAGCUGGUGGACGCGCUCCAGUUCGUGUGUGGAGACAGGGGCUUUUAUUUCAACAAGCCCACGGGGUACGGUUCCAGCAGUCGGAGGGCGCCCCAGACAGGCAUCGUGGACGAGUGCUGCUUCCGCAGCUGCGACCUGAGGAGGCUGGAGAUGUACUGCGCGCCCCUGAAGCCCGCCAAGUCGGCCCGCUCCGUCCGUGCCCAGCGCCACACCGACAUGCCCAAGGCUCAGAAGUAUCAGCCCCCAUCUACCAACAAGAAAACGAAGUCUCAGAGGAGAAGGAAAGUACAUUUGAAGAACGCAAGUAGAGGGAAUGCAGGGAAUAAGAACUACAGGAUGUAGGAAGACCUUCCCGAGGAGUGAAGAAUGACAUGCCACCGGCAGGAUCCUUUGCUCUGCAUGAGUCACCGGUUAACACCAGAAGACCUACCAAAAAAUAAGUUUGAUAACAUUUCAAAAGAUGGGCAUUUCCCCCAAUGAAAUACAUAAGUAAACAUUUCAAACAUUGUCUUUAGGAGUGAUUGUUAAAAGCUUUGCACCUUGCAAAAAUGGUCCUGGAGUUGGUAGAUUGCUGUUGAUCCUUUACCAAUAAUGUUCUAUAGAGAAAAAAUAUAUCUAAUCUAUCUAUAUCUAUAUGUGUG